GGGCUGUGGCGGAGCUUCCCAGAAUGGCGCCCCUCCCCCUCUCAAAGACUCCUGGGGGAGGGGCGGCUCGGACCCUGCUGGUGGGCUGCGGGAUCAGAUGGAAGGGCCCCAGGUGUUGGGGGGGAGGGACACGCCGCCGGGCUCCUGGACGAGGGAUCCACAGACACGUGCCUCGGUUUCCUCCUCUGUGAUGGCCCCGCCCACUCCCUUCCUGGCCCUGGCCACGCCCUCUGGGGCCCCUGGGAGGAGGCCUGUGGCAGAGCCCGAGCUCCAGCCUGGCCCCCUGCCGUGGGGGAGGAGCUCCGCGCUGGGGUCCGAGGCUCUGGACUCCAGUCUCUCCGGUCUCUCCCAUCUCUCCCGUCUCCCCGGUCUCCCCGGUCUCCCCGGUCUCCCCGGUCUCUCCCGUCUCCCCGGUCUCCCCCGUCUCCCCCGUCUCCCCCGUCUCCCCCGUCUCUCCCGUCUCUCCAGUCUCCCCCGUCUCUCCGGUCUCUCCGGUCCCCCGUCUCUCCGGUCUCCCCCGUCUCUCCCGUCUCCCCCGUCUCCCCCGUCUCUCCCGUCUCCCCCGUCUCUCCCGUCUCCCCCGUCUCCCCCGUCUCUCCGGUCUCCCCCGUCUCUCCCGUCUCCCCCGUCUCCCCCGUCUCUCCCGUCUCUCCAGUCUCCCCCAUCUCUCCAGUCUCUCCCGUCUCUCCCGUCUCCCCAGUCUCUCCCGUCUCCCCGGUCUCUCCCGUCUCCCCGGUCUCUCCGGUCUCCCCCGUCUCUCCCGUCUCUCCGGUCUCCCCCAUCUCUCCAGUCUCUCCCGUCUCCCCAGUCUCUCCCGUCUCCCCGGUCUCUCCGGUCUCCCCCGUCUCUCCCGUCUCUCCGGUCUCCCCCAUCUCUCCAGUCUCCCCCGUCUCUCCCGUCUCUCCAGUCUCCCCCAUCUCUCCAGUCUCUCCCGUCUCUCCCGUCUCUCCAGUCUCCCCCAUCUCUCCAGUCUCUCCCGUCUCUCCCGUCUCCCCAGUCUCUCCCGUCUCUCCAGUCUCUCCCGUCUCUCCCGUCUCUCCGGUCUCCCCCGUCUCUCCCGUCUCCCCGGUCUCUUCCCCCCUUUCGCCCCUCCUCCGCCGGCCGCAGCUCCAGCUUUCCCUCCCCGAAGCCCCCUCCGGAGAGCCGCUGAACCUCGUUGCUCAGGAAAGGGGGGCCUCGGGAGAGCUCGCCUGGCUCGGGGCCGGCUCCGGGAGGCCUUCACUGUCUGCAUUCCCGACGGCGCUAAUGACCAUCCUUCACUUCUGUUUGGGAGCCCUUCAGAGCUGGAGCCGCGCCCAGGCCGAGGCUCUGCCUUCAGCCCCCGCCUGCCCACGUGGGGACUCGGACAUCCCCGCCGGACGCCGCCCCCUUCUGCCUCGGAGCCCGGCCGCCCCGUCUUCCCCGUGUUGGGCGCCUCGUGCCCUCCCCCUGGCUCCUUCCCCCCCCCCGCUGUCUGUCCAUCCAUCCGCCCGUCCUCUCGGUGGCCUCGGGGCAGCUGCUGAUCUCCAGAGCAAACCCUGUCCUGCGUGUUCAGCCGCGGCUCUGAAAGGGGUCUUUAAGGCUCUGGGACUCCCCCGAGGGUCAGGGGCAACCGUGGGGCUCCCCAGAGCCAGGCUGGCAGCACCAGAGGAAGGAGCCACGCCCGGCACCAGGGAGCCCCCCAAAGGGCAGCUCGACUUUGCUCGAGGACCCGGCCCUUCAGAUGCGCCUCUGGGGGGAGUUUUGCCAGCAGGCCGAAGCCCCCAGCUGCCUUCGCCCCUUUGCCCGAGCUCUUCCAGGAGCAGGCCACAGCUGCGGGGGGGGUCUGGCUCCUGGCCCGGGCGCCCCCCGCUCUGCCGUCCUCUCCGUGGAGGCCCCUUAGCAGAGGCACAAGCACGGCCCCUCGUGGGAGGACAAACUGCCCGUUCACGGCCUUUGCUGACUUACCAGUAGGGGAACAACCUGUAUUCUAUGUCUUCAACCACUUUCUGUCUGUGUUUCAGAAAUGAGGCCUUUAUUAGAGAGACUCGUGAAAAGUU